AUGGUUAUCAAUAGCAAAGCAAUGGAGAAAGAAAACGUUAGAACUGUUGAAAAGAUGGCUACCGACUGUACAAAUGAUUCUAAAGUGAAUGGCAAUGGAAGAAAUAGCAUGAUGAAGAGUAAACAAGAAAAAGAAAAUCUAAAAGCAACAGAGAAAUUAAGCGACGACGAUUGGGAUGAGCUGAAUUUUUUUCAAAAGGCCAAGCAUAUGCUCUCUUUAAUUACAGUCGAGCCAAUUUUGGCAUGUUAUGUGAUGCCUUCAGUACUGUCCGCCCUUGCCACUCAGAACCUGUAUUUGGAAAAAGCCUGUCGUGUUAAUUUGCGUUUCGAACAUCACAUUUGUGACGCUUUGACCAAAAGGCAAACAGAGAACUACACAAUGGAAGAGGAGGCGGUGCAGACCCUGGUCGCAUCGGUAGCCGGAUGGAAGACUGUUCUCCAGUCGUUUCUGCCUUGUGGUAUUUUAAUAUUUCUCGGAGCCUACAGCGACCGAGUAGGCCAAAGGAAGUUCUGCAUGCUAUUGCCGAUUAUUGGAGAAUUUUUAACCAGCAUAGGGCUAAUAGUGAACACGUUUUUCUUCUACCAAUUGCCCGUCGAAGUGGCAGCGGUUACCGAGGCGAUCUUUCCAGCGCUGACCGGUGGUUGGUUCACAAUGUUCAUGGGAAUAUUUAGCUACAUAGCGGAAGUGACGACCGAAGAACAAAGAACUCUGCGAAUAGGAAUUGUGAAUUUGUUCUACUCCCUGGGCGUCCCAGUCGGUGCUGCUCUCAGCGGAAUUUUAGUUCGAAAAAUUGGAUUAUACGGAGUUUUCUCUUUGAGCGCAACGCUAUACAUUUUGAGUUUCCUCUACGGCCUGUUCAGAAUCAAGGAAGUCAAGCGCAGCGAUUUAAAUCCUAAGCCGUCGAAGAAUUGCUGCGCUUGGUUGAAAGAUUUCUUCGAUAUUCGUUACGUAAAAGAUACCAUGACGGUUGCUUUCAAAAAGGGCCCAAACAAUCGAAGGCUGAGGGUGAUAAUGCUGGUAAUAGUCCUUUGCGUCGUCAUUGGCCCUAUUUAUGGUGAGAUGUCAGUCAUGUAUCUGUUUACGAGAUACCGUUUUAAUUGGAACGAAGUGGACUUCAGUAUGUUUUCUACAUACGCUAUGUGCACUUCAUUGAUAGGAACUCUUUUUUCGGUAGGAGUUUUCAGUCAUAUAUUAAAGUUCGACGAUGCAAUUAUUGGUGUUAUUUCAUGCACCAGUAAAAUUUUAUCGGGAUUUAUGUACGCGUUUGCAACAAAAACGUGGCACAUAUAUAUAGCUCCCCUGAUUGAAAUUUUCAAUGGAACUUCGUUCAUUGCCAUGAGAUCGAUGGUUUCAAAAUUGGUGGAUAAAGAUGAGUUGGGCAAAGUUAACUCCUUUUUCGGGGUAGCCGAAGCUAUGAUGCCCCUUGUGUACGCACCAAUGUACACAACAGUAUACACAGCAACAAUAAAAACCUUCCCUGGAGCAUUCUUCCUUCUCGGGGGUGGUCUCACAGUGCCUGCAGUUGUCAUAUUUUUAUGGUUGUAUUUGGCGAAUAAAAAAUAUGCAGCGAUUACAAAUGAUAAAAAAAAUGAAUUGAAAUCGGAUUCUAAAACUGAAAAAAAUGGUGUGGAAAACAAAGCUUUCCAUACUGAGGACGAAGCACAUAAAAACGUAAAGGGAGCUGAAACUUUAGAUCCUUCUAAUGAUGACGUCACGCAGUCCCAAAUAGAAAUGGGCUUUACAGAGAGUAUGCUUUGUAAUCGUACUAGUAAUCUU